CAGGCGCCCUGUGCGUGCCGCGGUCUUGCUGGUCUGCCACUGCUGACCUCGUAGCUGCUACUGACAGCGGGUUCCAGACGAGCACUCCCCGGCCUCCGGGCCCCGUCUGCCGGGUCACGGACGUGUUGCUUCAUCCAUUAUGGAGGGCGACUGAUUUGUUAGUCUGUUUCUGUCUCUCCUGUUGCUAGCGGAUGCACAAUUGGUUGAGAUAUGUUAUAUGGAAAAUAAAACUACUGGCCAGGCCAGGAAAGCAAAAGAGAACGUUUUAGAGGACCACGAUGUUCACCAAAUGGAGGAUUUUUGCAGUGAAUCAUCAGAGAACGUUCAGUGUGCACCUUAAUACCAUGUGUUACUGCAAAAUAAAAGCAAAUUUAAAAAGAUUAAAGACUCAGCUGCCUCUUACAAGAAACUACAGUUCUGCACCAGGCAUAGCAGGAAGUGAUGUCAAGUCUCUUCAUUCCGUCAUUAACCCUCCUGUGGCCAAAAUUCGUAAUAUUGGAAUUAUGGCACAUAUUGAUGCAGGCAAAACCACCACCACAGAGAGAAUCCUGUACUAUUCUGGAUACACAAGAUCAUUGGGAGAUGUCGAUGAUGGAGACACAGUGACGGAUUUCAUGGCUCAAGAGCGAGAAAGGGGCAUUACCAUCCAGUCAGCAGCUGUGACUCUCGACUGGAAAGGGUAUAGAGUCAAUCUGAUUGAUACUCCAGGUCACGUAGACUUCACUCUGGAGGUCGAGCGCUGCUUGAGGGUGUUGGACGGUGCGGUGGCCGUGUUUGACGCCUCUGCUGGUGUAGAGGCCCAGACUCUCACUGUAUGGAGGCAAGCUGACAAACACAAAAUACCCCGGAUCUGCUUUUUAAACAAGAUGGACAAGACUGGAGCAAGUUUUAACUAUGCGGUUGAAAGCAUCCGGGAGAAGUUAAAGGCAAAGCCCCUGAUUUUACAGCUGCCAAUUGGUGAAGCCAGAACUUUCCAAGGAGUGGUGGAUGUCGUAAACAAAGAAAAACUCCUUUGGAAUUCUAACUCUGACGAUGGAAAAGACUUCGAGAGGAUGCCCCUCUCAGAAGCGAGUGAUCGGGAACUGCUAAAGGAGACAAUUGAAGCAAGGAACUCCUUAAUUGAACAAGUUGCAGACUUAGAUGAUGAGUUUGCUGACUUGGUUUUAGGUGAAUUUAGUGAAAACUUUGAUUUAGUACCAGCUGAAAAGUUACAGGCUGCAGUACACAGGGUGACACUGGCACAGGCUGCAGUGCCUGUGCUGUGUGGGAGUGCCUUGAAGAACAAGGGCGUGCAGCCCCUGCUGGAUGCGGUGACCACUUACCUGCCGUCACCCGAGGAGCGCGAGGACCGCUUUCUGCAGUGGUAUGAGGGUGACUUGUGUGCACUAGCGUUUAAAGUACUACAUGACAAACAGCGAGGACCCCUGGUUUUCCUGCGCAUUUACUCGGGAACACUGACGCCUCAGCUGGCUGUCCACAACAUUAAUAGAAACUGCACGGAAAGAAUGAGUCGUCUGCUUUUGCCAUUUGCUGACCAACAUGUAGAAAUCCCUUCCCUGACUGCUGGAAACAUUGCUUUGACAGUUGGGCUUAAACAAACUGCCACUGGAGACACCAUAGUCUCGUCCAAGUCCAGCGCAUUAGCUGCAGCUCGCAGAGCCGGACGAGGAGAAAGGGAGCAUGGAAAGAAGAGAGAGGCCGAGAGUCUGCUGUUGGCCGGGGUGGAGGUCCCAGAGCCUGUCUUCUUCUGCACCAUAGAGCCCCCGUCAGUCGCUAAGCAGCCAGAUUUAGAUCAUGCCUUGGAACGCCUUCAGCGCGAAGAUCCCAGUUUGAAAGUGAAACUCGAUCCUGACUCUGGACAAACUGUCCUGUGUGGAAUGGGGGAGUUGCAUAUUGAGAUUAUUCAUGACCGUAUCAAGAGGGAGUAUGGCCUAGAGACCUAUCUAGGGCCUCUGCAGGUGGCAUACCGGGAAACCAUCUUAAACUCAGUUCGCGCCACAGACACCCUCGAUAGGGUGCUUGGAGACAAGCGGCACUUGGUGAGUGCGGAGCUGGAAGUCCGGCCAGCAGAAGAGCCCUGUGCUGUGGCCAAGAUCGAGUAUGCUGACUGUGUGGGUGAAGACCUGCUGCAGGCCUCUCGGGAGGCCAUUGAAAGUGCCGUCCACAGUGCAUGCCUCCAGGGACCUCUGCUCGGAUCCCCAGUCCAGGAUGUGGCAAUGACGUUGCACUCACUGAUGAUUCACCCUGGCACCUCCACAACUAUGGUCACUGCCUGCAUCUCACGGUGUAUGCAGAAGGCCCUGAAGAAAGCUGACAAACAGGUGCUGGAACCUCUGAUGAGUCUCGAGGUCACAGUGAGCAGGGAGUACCUCAGCCCUGUCCUGGCAGACUUGGCACAAAGAAGAGGGAACAUUCAGGAAAUCCAGACUCGCCAAGACAACAGAGUUGUUCUAGGAUUCGUUCCUCUAGCAGAGAUUAUGGGAUAUUCAACUGUGCUUCGAACUCUGACAUCUGGCUCAGCUACUUUUGCCUUAGAACUGUCUACUUAUCAAGCCAUGAGUCCUCAAGACCAGAGUGCUCUACUCAACCAGAGAAGUGGCUUGGCCCAUGUGCUAUAGGCCCUUGGAAACGGGGAAAGCUGGGCCAGUUGCCUGCUUUAUUCCCGGCAAGAAUGCUGUUUUAUUAACUGGCUAGUAAAUUGCUGCUUUGGUGUGGAAAGAACUUGACAAGACCCUUGGAGCUGCCAUUCUAAUUCUGUUGGGUGUACUUUGCUAUAUUGCACCACAGCUGGGCCCCGGUUAUCUCUGCCAUCUCUGGUGCUGGGAUAAAAUAACCUGGCCAGGGCAGCUUAGGAAAAAAAAAAGGUUUCUUUUCUCAGCAGGAAGCAAGGCAAUGAGCUCUCAAAGUCCACCUAGUGAUGAACUUCCUGAAGCCAAGAUACACUGCCUAAGCCUCCCCAAACAGCACCACCCCCGGGAGCAGAGUCCAGAAGCCUGGGCCUGUGAGGAGCGGACCUCGUUUAGACAUUUCUUGUUUUACUUUUGAGAUGUUCCAUCCCCCUGGAGCUGGAAUUGUGGUGUGAUUACGGAGAUCCAGGGCCUGAGCUCGGGUCCUCUGCAAGAGUGAUCUUAAAUACCUCAGCCUUCUUUCUAGCCUGACAUCUCUCUUUUAAACCAUUGCAAGAUGACAGUAUCCACACAGGGCAGCCCUCUGGAGUGCUAGUGCAAGGCUUUUCCUUUUAUUUUCUUAAGCUGCUCACAUAAAAGAUUCAGUGUUUGAUUCAGGGAUAGAAAGAUUCAAUCAAUAAAAAGAUGGUUUAUUUAAAAAAAAAACAGCCUAACAAAUCUUAAUUUACAUGAUUUCAGAAUCAACAUGAUCAUAGCUGGAAUGCUGUAGACGUCUGUCACUUCUAUAUUUUAUUCUCAUAGUUACAGUAUCCAGUAUAGAGAGGUUGUGCAGCUAUUCCACGGCUGUAGACAGACAACACAGAGAGAUAUUUUAGAUGGUGGCCUCCUGUCUCAUGGCACCUUAGCAAAUCCUCCCCCACCUUUGCAAUGUUUUAAUAUUCUAAUUUAAGCUAUUAACUCCCUUAAGAUGGCAGUUAUAUUGAAAUAUAUCUUCCAUGGGCUAGUGACAGUGAAUGGAAGAGAUCCUAGAUCAGGAAGGAAGUGUCUCACCUGACCAUUCUGCAGCGGUGCACGGCCAGUCGUUUGUAGGCAUUUUCUAGGUCAGUGACAGUUUUAGGGCUCCAGAGUCUCUCACCAACAGCGCUUGCUCGAGGCCUGAAUUUUAAAAUAUGCAGUUUCCAAAGCAGUCUAGACUUUUUUUUUUUCCUUAAGUCAACUGCAUAAGGAGAUUAGGAGCUCUCUCCUGCUUACAUGGAGAAUAAAAGCCAAGGCAUCCUUCAAGCCAGCUGGCCCCACUUUAAUUCCUUACCAUAAUCUUGGAGUAAGGUUAGUUGCAUCCACAAAUUCUCCCCACAGGCAAGCUUCUCCACCAAUAACAAGUUGUUUCUGCUUCUCAGAGCCUGCAUGACGGUGGUUAAGAGAGAGAUUAAGCUGUACAACCCUGGUUUCCUUUCCAGAGUCAUCCUACAUCACUGCUCUGUACCCUCCUGUAGGCAGCAGAGCCUUUACUCCCACCCUGGCUCAGUGCUCUUCCACAUAAUAGAGGAUUGUGGUGAGCCUGGGGCGCAGGUGCUUCUCCUAGGGUCCCCCACAUUCAACCCCUCCCUGCAUUUCCUAUUAGUGGUGUUUGAGAAAAUACAAGCUUCAUUUCAAUGGGUUUACCACUAUACUUAUUCCUUGGUAUUUCAUAACAAAACAAGAAAGAGUAUUUAAGAACUAUUUUUUUAUAAAUAUGUAUUUAUAAAAAUAUAUUUAUAUUUAUUUAUUUAUUUUUUGAUCCUGAAAAUGCUUUCUAGAGAAAGUCAUAGUUUCUAGUGGAUCAAUAUUUUUGAAACUUUUAAUCAUAUAAUCAUUUUCUAAAGACUGAAAUACAAAAACUAUAUAAAAUAGAAUUGCUAGUAAAGGGACCAAAAGCCUCACUUAGGAGUUACGUGCAACGUAGGUGUCUUUCAAAAUUAACGCACUUAGACAUCUCAGAUACAAAGAGCAACUCCAUGAAAACAGGGGCAGAAUCUAAGGGCCUGCUAUGUAUUUCCUUCAGGCUACACGUUGUCGCCCUCAGGACAGUGGACAGUGGAGAAGUAUCCAGAUUAGAUUCAGGAGUGGGAGUUACAUGACGCUUGCUUUGCUUACCUUCAAAAUUAAGGGGCUCAACUUUGUAGUAGUUUUUCCAGUCUUGCCCAUAGCUGAUCAGGUCUAAGUACCAAGGAGCAGAAAGGAUGGCAGGGAAGCCAGAGCCUGUGACUUGCUUUAGCUCAUAUGAAUAAUGCUCACUCUUCCACACUUCGACUACUGUGCCCGGCUGAAGCUGUUAGAGGUACGGAUUGCAAUCACAGAAUUAGGUCCAGUAAAUACAAUCUUACAGGUUCAUGGGCUCAUGAUUGGUAAACAUAAAUUUCUAAGAUCUUAGAGAAAUCAUACAUCCUUUUUUUCUUGAUCAGUGCCAUGUGCUAUUCACAUUAACCUUUAAAGUUGGAUAUUUAACUUUUGACUAUAGCUAAUAUUUCAGAGAUGGGUAAGAUUUGCACCUCAAAUCUAUUUCUACCACAGCAAUAUUCUACUUAACCUUGAACCAUGAGACGUCACCAGCCCCCUAGAAAGGUAACAGUGGCAGCUGGGCUUGUAAGAAAUAAUUUUGUCAGAAAAAAAUACUUCUUAAAAGUAUAUAUUGAUUUACCUAUUUAUUGUGUAUAUAGCAUUCUGCCUGCGUGUAAGCCUGCACUUUAGAAGAGGGCAUCAGAUCUCAUUACAGAUGGUUGUGAGUCACCAUGUGGUUGCUGGGAUAUGAACUCAGGACCUCUGGAAGAACAAUCAGUGUUCUUAAACCACUGAGCCAUCUCUCCAGUCCUGAUUUUACAUAUUUUAAAACCACUUUAACAUUGUUUUUAAAAAGCUCAUUUGUUGUGUUUUGCUCUUAAAAACCAAAAGGAACCUAAUUCAGAUUACUUCAACUCGUGAGACAGCAGGAGUUGGGGAAAGAAGAGCAAGUUGUUUAUAGUACUGAUGGAGUUUGGUAUCUGCAUAGUAUAAUGUGUGCAUAAGUGUGCAGGGGUAGGGGUGCCGUCUUGCUCUGAUCACCUGAUUCUCUUGAGAAAGGCUCUCGCUGAACCUGAGCUAUGCUGGAGGCUAACAAGUCCCAGCAACCCUCUCGUCCCAGCACCUGGUGGUCUUUGGCUUUCAGGCACACACUAGGCCAUGCUCGGCCCUUUUUAAAAAGUUUGUUCUUGACAACGUAUGUAUAUGAUGCAUACUGAUGAGUUUCUGCCUUGACUCUCCCUCAGUCCCUUCAGCUGGCUGAUGGCUGAUGAGUUUUAGUUCCGUCUGAGUCUGAGUGCUGUACUGGUGCUGCCUGUGGAGCUGAGAGGAUCACCAGGGGGUGCAUAACUGAAGUAAUGGCCCUUGAGUCUGUCUGUAGCAAACAGUUCAGCAGUGAACAGUGAGCCCUCCCACCCCACCUCCGUCCAUCUGUCCUGACUGCUGACAGAACAUUCAACUCUGAAAGCCAGUGCUGGGGCUCACAGUCAGGUCCUCAGGCUGACACAGCCCUCCCACAGAGCCAUCACUCCGGGCCUGAGAUGGAGUCUUCGCGGUUCUUACCUCCACCUUAUCAUCAAAAACUUCUUGCCAAACAAUGGAGUUCUUCUUUAAGGAUGAAAUAAUUUCCAAAAUCCUAACAUUGAAAAAAUGGACAGUUAUUUAGGAUCACAAAGUUAACACUCUUAAAACAUACGUGUUUUCUACCAAGAACAUGCAGUGUUGCAAGGUACCAUAUCAAAAUAUUAUAUGGCUAUAUAGAACCAGCUAUGUUGUGUAGUCCAGGUAGCAGAGAAAGGUAGGAAAAGGGGAAGGGACAUGGAAGAUGGAAAAAAUUCUUCAACCUCAAGACAACUUGAGAAUAUGUCUUGCUGACUAGACUGAAACUGCACACACAAAGUUAACUCCCUUCAAACACUACAGGCUUAAAGCACCACAGGCAGGCUCCGUGCUUGGGAUACAUGUCGUGCCCUCCUGCAUAGAAGACUUAGUUCGCCUCUUUAAACAACGUGGCAGAGUUCUCCAGUCACCUCCAUAGCCACCACUCUGCUUGGAUGCAGCUCCUCUUCCUUCUGGUUAAGCUCAGACUGUCUCAGUGUGAUUUACAUGACCAGAGGCCCCUCGGGGAGCGCCGCGGGGUGCGCAGCCCCAGCGCUGAGCUCCCUUCCCUGGGUUUGUGACACAUCUUAAUAGAGCAGUGCCUCUCAACCUUCCUAAUGCUGCAACCCUUUAUUAUAGGUGACCCCCUGCCAUAAGAUUAUUAUUGUUGUUACUUCAUAACUAAUUUAGCUGUUGCUAUCAGCCAUAAUGUAAGUAUCUGCUAUUUCCAGUGGUCUUAAAGGGGUCACUACCCACAGGUUGAGAACCACUGGUAUAGAAGAACCAAGCAAAGCUGGGUAGCAACGCAUAUAGCUCACCCUUUGGAACCUAGCACAGCAGAGGUAAGUCCUGCUCUCUGGAAUAGGAGAAGUGGUCUCAGACUCGCAUAAAACUGUCCCAACAGAACUCUAAUCUCUUGGGUUUCCAAAGGUUUCUUGGAAGAAAGGAAACUGUCACCUAGCCUGUCGUGUCACAUCAGCAACAUUCAGCUGUUAGCUGGCACAGAAUGCAGUUAGUCAAUGACAAACACUUGGAAAGAAACAAUAUCACACAAAAGCUCAAUAGGAACAGUGUGAAUGAACUCUGAGCCCUAGAAAACCAGUUUGCAGCCAGCUUUUCUCUGGCUAAGCCAAGAAUGGGUUUUAAAAUCUGCAAUGCUUUCUUUUUUUCUUUCUUUUUAAAAAAGAUUUGCAACUCCACAUGGCCCAUGGCACUUAAGGGCGGUCUGGUCCCUAUGGGAAAAAUGUGCCAAUUCCCGCAGAAGAGCACUGUCCACCAAACUCCCGGGAAGUGCUCUGUCUGGAUUUUCUAACAAGGCAGCCACCACUUGAGUACCAAUCCCCUGGCUGUGGAAUGCUGGAAAUGUAGCUGCAGCUAGCUGUCUUCAAUUCUGAUCAAUGCCAACAGGCAUGGGUAGCAAUGGUAAGGAGCAAAAGAGCUGCUCCAGGUCCUGUAGGACAAGGGGAGUGAGUCCUAGCACCUGGAUAGUGCAGGAGAGGAAGGGCAGCCAGGGCUCGGAGCUGAGUUCUCAAAAAGCAGCCAGCUUCUAAAUGCAAAAUGCUCAGCAUUAUAAAGAGAACAGGGUACAGCGCUGCCUCCUUUAGUGGGCAUUCGUGGCUCCACUUUUGUAAGGGGUGGAGAAGAUGAGAAAGUAAAGCAGAGAACUAAGGCACACCGAUGGUUAGGCUUUCAGACGACUUACUUUUUAAUAUAAAAGGAUUCUAGUCUUCUAAAAUCGCUGCCAAAGCCCUUUCUCUUCAUGAAACCUUGGAUGUUUGGAUUUGAUGCCCUUAAAUAAAACAGUGACUGAAAUGUUA